AGUCAAAACAAACACACCACUAAAAUGCCCAUAAAAGUGAAACCCAACACUUCCAAACUUUAGCCUUAAAACAUUCUCUCUCUCUCUGUAAGUCAUCUCUUUGAUCAUCAGGGAUUGUAUAAAGUCUUAUUGAAGCACACAUCAUGGACCAUCAUAACUAUCAUCAUCAGGCUCAUGAUCAAUACCAACAUAUUACUAACAAUAAUCCCUAUAACACCAUCAUCACAACACCACAACCAAGAACAACAACAAUGGAUUCAGCGACAACGAUAAUGGACGAGGAGAAGAAGAUGAUGACGACGAUGCCCACUAGGCCACAAGAACCAAGAAACUGCCCUAGAUGCAACUCAAGCAACACCAAGUUCUGUUAUUACAACAACUACAGCUUAGCACAGCCUAGGUACUUGUGUAAGUCUUGUCGGAGAUAUUGGACAGAAGGUGGCUCUCUCCGUAACGUCCCCGUAGGCGGAGGUUGUAGAAAGAACAAGAAGCUUCCAUUUCUACUUUCUAAUUCCUCAUCUUCUUCUCCGACGACAUCGACCAAGAAUAUCCCAGAUCUCAACCCUUCUUCUGUCUUCACAUCAUCAUCAUCAUCAUCAAAACCUAGCAAGAGCCAUCCAAGCAAUAAUGGCCUUAGCCUCUCCUUCUCCGCUCCUACUAUGCAAGACGAGAGAGCUCAAGGGCCUUAUGGUCAUUUCACCGACCAAGCUAUGACCGGAGGGCAAAACUGUCUUUUCACCGCACCGAUGGGAAUGAUUCAGUUUCGUCAAGAGUAUAAUCAUGACCACAGCAAAAUAAAUCUUGGGUUUUCAUUAGAUAGGAACAAAGAGGAAAUUGUUAAUCAUGAUAACUUCGUUGUUAAUGAAGGAGGAAGUAAGUUGAUGUUUCCUUAUGGAGAUCAUGAUGAACAUCAUCGUCACCAUGAGAGACACGAUGAUGGAAAUAAGAAGAGAGAAAGUGGUUCAAGCAAUGAGCUAUGGAGUGGAAUCAUCCUAGGUGGUGAUAGUGGUGGACCAACAUGGUGAUAUGAAUAAUGUCAAAUGAAAGGACGAGACAAUAAAGACAAAACCAAAAAAAAAAAUGUGAUUAUAUUUGGAAUUUUCAGACCCGGAAGAGUCGCCUUGGGAGGAGCAUGAUGAUUCUUCGUUCCACUUUUUAAAUUCUUCUGUUUCACUUUCUUUGUCUUUUGUCUGAUGGAGCCACUUCUUUGGCUUUUAGUUUGCUUCUUUAGGACCUUUUAACACAUAUAUGUGUCUAAUCCAUAUCAUUACAUAUAAAUAUAUAGUGUUAAUCAUAUCAUAAUUUUAUUUGAUCAA